UGUCCCUGCAACGACAUCUUGUAUAAAUCAACCCAAUCCUCCCGCCAUACUGAUGCUUUCUGAUCUCAACUCACCAGACAAGCUUCUUCUCACUCACGCUCGUUUCUAUCCAACUAUCUACACUCCCUCUUCUCACAAAGCCACCCUCACCCACUCCUCAAAAUGCGUACCGCUACCGUCACCGCCGCCUUUGCGUCCCUUCUGAUGACUGUCGCAGCCGCCCCUCAGGGCUUCAACUGCCAGUCCCACGGAUUCUGCACCUAUAGUGACCCCAACUGCAACUUUUGUCUUAACAUCUCAGGCUCCGCGAAGCUCGACAUCUGCCAUCAGUUCAACCCCGCAUACACCAGCGCCCCGGGCGACAUCAGCCGUGGUCCUUCAGGAGCCGACUUCCAGUGCGUUCUUACGUGCUGCCUCUAAACAAGGACGAGUGUGGUUCGUAAUCUGUACCGCUGCCGCUGCCGCUGCUCGAGUCUCCCAGUGUUAAGUUGGUUGCAUGAGUACCAAGGCCGUGGAAAGAGUCGAAUGAGUAGAGUAAAGCAAGUUCAAUCUUGAAAAGAGAAUUGGGUUUACUUCCUGG